UCGUUCGGUAAGUCAUGACGUUCCCGUGUUGUGUCUUCGCGUUUCGUAAACACGAGAGAACGUGUUAGUGGUCACGCGCGUUUUAAAUAGUCUGUGAUACAAGAGUGUGUCUAAUGUUGGAACAUUGUUCGUAAUAAACACAUUGCAAUUGACAUGCGACAUGCAACCGUAAGCAUGCUCGAUACACUGCAAUGCAAUUGCAACAUUAACGUUAAGUGUACUCAUCUGUCCGUUAUAAGAACGAAACGUUGACCGUGCGAAUUGUGCUACACGUGCACGUUGAACAUGUCUAUGAAGGUGUAUCGCGAUUAGCGUGGCACGCGCAAUGGAUUAAGCAGCUCCGAUUACAUAGUUCCGUUGAUAGGUUACUCAUGCCAGCUCGACAUUCGAAAGUUUCACAAAAACGAUUUCAGUUACAGUCGAACGAGUUCAGUUCAUCCACCUUCCUUGAUGAUGAUUGCCUAAUCGAUAUACAACUGGCAGAUGGUAGCGAGAGCAUAAUAUGAAAGUUGACCUAUAGACACUUUUAAAAGCAAAUUCCAAACUUCGAGAAGCGGCUACUUGCAAGUUACGCGUCAGUUUUAUCGAGGUUUCUGUAUAAAUUAUAACAAACUUACUGCAGCAGGAUAAGAAACGCUUGGUAUGUUCAGAAAAAUAAAAAUUGCUUUGGGGUACAGAAAAUCGAAUAAGAAAGAGUCUCCUUGGGACGUGGAAUUGCACCUGGCAGCUGCUCGCGGCGACGCGAAGCGUCUUCGGAUUCUGUUGGACUCUGGACGCGUUCACGUGGACUGCAAAGACAAGGAUGGAACGACUCCUUUAAUAUUGGCCGCCGCCGAAGGCCACAUUGAGGCAGUCACCGAAUUGCUGCAACAAGGGGCGGAUCCUAAUGCCAGAAGGCUGACCGGCACCACGGCGCUUUUCUUUGCCGCCCAGGAGGGCUACAUGGACAUCGCCAGCCUACUAUUGGAGCACGGUUCCGUGGUAGACUCCUGCAGCAUAGACGGCGGUACCCCACUUUUCGUCGCGUGCCAGUGUGGUCACCUGGACGUGGUGGAAGGCUUAAUCGAGAGGGGCGCCAACCCGAACGCUCACAUGAAGGACGGUGCCACGGCGUUGUUCAUAGCCGCUCAAAAUGGCCACGUGCGCAUCUUGGAGGUCCUCCUGGAGCACGGAGCAAAGACGGACGCGGUGCGAACCGACGGCGCCACGCCUUUAUGGAUAGGAGCACAAAUGGGACACGAUCACGUCGUGAGGAGGCUUUUGAAAGCUGGUGCGAAGGUCGAUGCCACCAGACACGAUGGAGCGACACCGCUUUUUAAAGCGGCCCAUAAAGGCCAUACCGCUGUCGUUGGUGAGCUGCUCAAGUAUCGUCCAUCGCUCGGUAUUCUUCCAAACGGUGAAAGCGCGCUACACGCAGCAGCUUUAACAGGACAAAUGACUGUUGCAAGGCAACUGGUAGGUGCAGGAGCGGACCCUCUACUUGUGAAUCAAGAGGGUGUUACGCCUCUUCAACUGGCUGUUAGGCACUCGCAAACGCAGGUCGCCAAUUAUCUGAAGGAUAAAGUUAGAGCACGAACGGGAACGUCUUAGCAAAGUCCGCGUUUCUUAUCCGCCCAGUAAAAUAAAAAUUAAUAUACAAAAUAACAGAAGAAAAACUAUAGACCUGUGAG